AUGGCAAACAUUCUACCAUUGAAUACAAGUACAAUGGAAGAAAAGCCACUGUAUCUCGAACGAACACGAUUAAAACUUCAGCUUGCAAAGGAUGUGCAUGAGAAAUUCGAGGUCAACAUUUGUAAUGAAAAUUUUAUGAUUUAUCCAAAUGUUUUCAAUCCAAAUAUAUUUUUCGGCACAGAAUUUUUAGCAAAAGAAUUAAUUGGUAUCAUUUCAGAAUUUCAUGAAAAACCAGUCAAUGUUCUCGAAAUCGGUACGGGUGCUGGUUACAUGUCGAUAUUAGCUAUUUUGAAUGGUGCAUCACAUGCUACAUGCACUGACAUCAAUAAUGAUGCUCUUGAAAAUGCAAAAGAAAACGCUCAUAAUCACAACAUUACGGAUCGCAUAACUAUUAAAUAUAGCGAUGUUUUUAGUACAUUGGACUCUGAAGAUAAAUUUGAACUCAUCUUUUGGAAUUAUCCAUUUGGUCAUAUUAACAAACCAAUAAACGAACUGGAAUUAUUAGAACGGGCACUGGUCGAUCCAUUCUAUCAAUCUCUUGAUACGUACUUAAAGUAUGCUCAUGAGUAUUUGAAUCCAAACGUAGGACGAUUAUUCAUUGGAUUUUCAAUAACAGCUGGUUAUCAACAAAGUUUUGAAUAUAUUGCAAAAAAAUAUGGAUGGGAUAUUUUUCUAAGAAAUGAAAUAAAAUCAGAUACUUGUCCCGCUAUGCAGAUUGGUGCAUAUGAACUGACAAAGAGGCAAUAG